CCGCCCCGCCCCGCUACCGCUGCCCGCACAGCCUGAACCGAGGCCGCGGCCGGGCUCGCGGCUCGCAGCGGCUGCCCGCGGAGAAGUGGCUGGGGCUGGCCGCGCCGAGGCGCUCCCCGCAGGCAGAGCAUGGCUGCAGAGGAGUCUCGCUGCCUGCUGGGCCACACCGCUUCGGACUGUCCCAGGUGAGCGCGCCGCGACACCCGCCGCUCUGGCGGGCUCGGGGACAGCGGUGGCUGCCCUGGAGCUCGGCCGCGGCCGAUAGCGGGGGGCGGCCGAGGCGAGCUCUGGGUCGAGCCCUCUGCCGGGCCCCCCCGGAGCGUUACCGGCCCUCCUAAGGGGCCGGAGGUGGGGGCGGCGUGAUCCUUGUCGGCCUCUUCCGCCUCAGGGUGCAGAACAAGAAGCUGUACCUGGCCACGUUCGCUGCUCUCCUGGGACCCCUGAGCUUUGGCUUCGUGCUAGGCUAUAGCUCACCUGUUAUUCCAGAGCUGAGGAAGAUCAGCGAUCCUAAAUUAAGAAUGGACAGCAGUCAAGCCUCGUGGUUUGGGUAGUAACAUUAGGAGCUGCUGCUGGAGGAAUACUAGGAGGCUAUCUUGUGGAUAAAGUUGGGAGAAAGCUGAGUCUAAUGCUGUGCUCAAUACCAUACGUUUUUGGAUAUGUAGUAGUUAUAUCUGCUCAGAAUGUUUGGAUGCUUUAUUUUGGACGAACGCUGACAGGCUUAGCCAGUGGAAUUACUUCGCUUGUCGUUCCAGUGUAUAUAUCUGAAGUAUCACAUCCUAAAGUCCGUGGUAUGCUUGGCUCUUGUGUUCAGUUGAUGGUGGUGACUGGCAUACUGGGAGCCUAUGUUGCAGGAGUAACACUAAAAUGGCGCUGGCUAGCAGUGUUGUGUUCUUUUCCAUCCUGCAUAAUGCUGUUGUUCAUGUCCUUCAUGCCUGAAACACCAAGAUUUCUGCUGAAUCGGAACAAACGCUCAGAAGCCAUAGCCUCUUUGCGCUUUCUGCGGGGACCACAUGCGGACCAUGAAUGGGAAUGUAGGCAGAUUGAAGCUGGUGUUCAGGAAGAGGGACUGAAUCUCUCUGAAUUUAAGAACCCCUCACUCUACAGGCCACUUCUUAUUGGUAUGGCUCUCAUGUUCUUCCAGCAAGUAACAGGCAUUAAUGCAGUUAUGUUUUAUGCAGAAACUAUCUUUGAAGAUGCAAACUUCAAGGACUGCAGAAUGGCUUCUGUUGUUGUGGCUUCCAUACAAGUAUGUUUCACUGCUGUGGCUGCACUUACCAUAGAUAAAACUGGACGAAAAGUGCUGCUUUACAUAUCUGGGAUAAUCAUGGCGCUUAGUACUGCAUUGUUUGGGCUUUACUUUAAAAUGGUCCUUUCAAAUCGAAACAACUCAUCAAAUCCUGAUACAUGGUUCACUCUAAAUUCAGCAUCCCCAGGAACAGAAAGCAGCAUAUCCUGGCUUGCAGUAGUGAGCCUAGGGCUCUUCGUUGCUGGUUUUGCCCUUGGCUGGGGUCCUGUUCCAUGGCUGGUGAUAUCUGAAAUCUUCCCACUUAAAGCUAGAGGCAUAUUGAGUGGUGCUUGCGUGUUAACAAACUGGGUUAUGGCCUUCUUGGUAACCAAAGAAUUUCAUGAUUUUAUAGGUUUCUUAACAUCCUCUGGCACGUUCUGGCUCUUCUCUGCAUUCUGCUGCCUCAAUAUAACUUUUACAGCCUUUUAUGUUCCUGAAACAAAAGGACAGACCCUGGAACAAAUUGAGGCCUACUUCAGAAGAUCUUAAUCCUAAGGCUUUUUAUGUUGAUAUGAAACCUUCAUAUCAUGAAUUAUGGUGCUAUGGUUGAAAUUAACUGGCAGAUAUCUCAGUUACUAAACUUGCCAUCAAAUAAUUUUAAUGAAUUUUGUAAAACCUGAAUUCUGUUUUUUAAAAAAGUAUCUGUGGGGAUCUGCAUAGAAUUCUGCAUACUCCCUGUAGUAAAUCUCCCUUGUGCAGGUCUUGGACAUACUCUUUUUCUUCAAUACCUGUGUCCUUUUCACCUAGUGCAGACUGACUAUAAUGGCCAAGUAAGAACGUUAAAUGUAUUGGCCAGUAUCUUUUUUCUAAGAUGUAAAUGAAGAUCUAAUUUUGUAAAGAAAUAAAUUAAAUUUCCAUGGUCCACUUUACCUUUCCCUUAUGGUACAUGUUACAGUGAAGAAAUUAAUGAUGUAGCCUGGCUAAUGUUAAUUUCAGACUGCAGUACUUUACCUUUGUGUUGCUGUUAACUAUUUUUGGGAUGCCUGAGCACAGAACAAGUCUUGGUCCCAACUGGAGACAAAUGCUUGGCUUUCAUGGGUGUUAAGUGUUAAAAGUUGCCUUUUUUUUUUUUCUAUUGCUGUCAAGGGGGCUAGGAAUGCAUUUAAAUCACAAGAAGGGUUGUAGCUCUUAAGAGAGAAUGUAUUUUAGAAUUCAAGAAAGAGCAUUGUUUUUCAAAAGGAAUUACAAGGUCUUGGAGACAGCAAGAAUAUACUCUUAGUCAGAAAAGGAGAAAAACUAUCUUUUGUAGUGUUAAUUUAAGGGGUAAAGAUCAACUGGAGCAGGUCUCUGAAAGUCUAAAUGAUACCUGGAAACACAAACCAAUGCUGGAUAUAGUUCUUGUCAAAGAUGGGUAAUGCGUAAGACACAAACACCAACGUCACAGGUAUGAUACAGCACUUAAAUGAAUGACAUCUCUGAAACAAAAUUUCUAGAGAACUCAAAUGGAAACAGUAAUCCAGAGCUGUCUGCAAUAGUGUACUACCUCCUGUCUUUUUAGUUUCUUGUCUGAUGAACCAAAUUUGGAAAAGGCAUUAGUUCUGCAUGUGUGAAAGAAAGAAGUGAGGUCAAAUUUAUGGUAUAUUACAUAUGAAGGAGUAAAUCAUCUGUUACUCCUUCACAAAGGUGAUAAAUGGCACUUAAAACAGUUCCAGCUGUGACAGGACUGUUUCUAUUUGGAUGUCACAUCUAAAACACAAACCAUAUACACUAUCACAUGACAUUAAAAACAAUGGUAAUACAUUGGCAUUUAAGACAAGUGGUAGAUAAAGAGUUUUUGAUCACAAACAUAGCAACAGUCUUAACAAUAUGCAAUUAUUAAAUUACAAAGCAGCUGACAUUCCAGGUUGAUAACACUUUUUGCAUAAACCUUUAGAGACAUAACAUUUUCCAUUCAACCAGCUAAAUACCUAAUAAAUAGAGCUAUAAAUAAAUAUGCAGAAAAUAAUCUCUUAAAUUUUCUCUUUAAAUCAUGUGCUAGUAUCAUGAUUUCCAGUAGCAAACAGGAGUCAGUCGGUUGCAGGUCAGCAACAAAGUGAAGCAGCUACGCAGUAUACAGGGUGGUGAAGUUGCUGUGCUCAACUAGUAAGAGUAAAAAUACUUUCUAACCUGCAUGCAAGUACAGAUGUUUGCUGCGUACUGUUAUAUAAGGUUUCCUGUAUUGUUAAUAAGUUUGCAGGGUAAAAUUUAUUCCUCUGCAAAAUCAGGCUAAGCCUACCUGAGAAAAUACUGCUUUAACAGAAUUAGCAAGCACUGUGCAUAUGAACCAUGACAUCAAAUUGUUAAUAAAGACAAUACUAGGGUACUCAUUUUCAUAUAGAGAAGCCAACAAAAAAAAAGAUUCUUAAUUCCUGCCCCCACCCUGCCCAAGAUCACAUUACUUCAGAUUCCUAUAUAUGCUUAGGACUUUUAAUCCCUUGAAAUUUGUGGUAGAAAUUACAAA